CCGGCCUCGCAGCAGCCUCCACGGCCGCCCGCCUCCCCGGAGGAGCCGUCGGUGGCCGCGUCGUCGGUGGGCAGCAGCCGCCUGCCGCUCAGUGCUUCGCUCGCCUUCUCCGACCUCACCGAGGAGAUGCUGGACUGUGGGCCCGGCAGCUUCAUGCGCGAACUGGAGGAGCUGCGCUCGGAGAACGACUAUCUCAAGGAUGAGAUUGAGGAGCUUCGGGCUGAGAUGCUAGAGAUGCGGGAUGUCUACAUGGAGGAGGAUGUGUACCAGCUGCAGGAGCUGCGGCAGCAGCUGGACCAGGCCAGCAAGACCUGCCGAAUUCUGCAGUACCGGCUUCGCAAAGCCGAGCGCCGCAGCCUCCGCGCUGCCCAGACUGGCCAGGUGGACGGGGAGCUCAUCCGUGGUCUGGAGCAGGAUGUCAAGGUCUCCAAGGACAUCUCCAUGCGGCUGCACAAGGAGCUCGAGGUGGUGGAGAAGAAGCGGGCGCGGCUGGAGGAGGAAAACGAGGAGCUUCGGCAGCGGCUCAUCGAGACCGAGCUGGCCAAGCAGGUGCUGCAGACGGAGCUAGAACGGCCGAGAGAGCAUUCCUUGAAGAAAAGAGGCACACGCUCCCUGGGGAAGACAGACAAGAAGCCUUCUGCACAGGAGGACAGCGCAGACCUGAAGUGCCAGCUGCACUUUGCAAAGGAGGAGUCGGCUCUCAUGUGCAAGAAGCUCACCAAGCUGGCCAAGGAGAACGACAGCAUGAAGGAGGAGCUGCUGAGGUACCGCUCGCUCUAUGGCGACCUGGACGCUGCCCUGUCAGCUGAGGAACUGGCAGAUGCCCCGCACUCGCGGGAGACCGAGCUGAAGGUGCACCUGAAGCUAGUGGAGGAGGAGGCCAACCUGCUGAGCCGCCGCAUCGUGGAGCUGGAGGUGGAGAACCGGGGCCUGCGGGCCGAGAUGGAUGACAUGAAGGACCACAGCGGUGGCUGUGGCGGCCCGGAGGCACGGCUGGCUUUCUCUGUGCUGGGGGGCAGCGAGUGUGGGGAGAGCCUGGCGGAGCUGCGCCGACACCUGCAGUUCGUGGAGGAGGAGGCGGAGCUGCUGCGGCGCUCCUCGGCUGAGCUCGAGGACCAGAACAAGCUGCUGCUGAACGAGCUGGCCAAGUACCGCUCUGAGCAUGAGCUGGACGUGACGCUGUCGGAGGACAGCUGCUCGGGACUCAGUGAGCCCUCGCAGGAGGAGCUGGCAGCGGCCAAGCUGCAGAUCGGUGAGCUUAGCGGGAAGGUCAAGAAGCUGCAGUAUGAGAACCGGGUGCUGCUCUCCAACCUCCAGCGCUGUGACCUUGCCUCCUGCCAGAGCACACGCCCCAUGCUGGAGACAGACGCUGAGGCCGGGGACUCUGCCCAGUGUGUGCCCGCUCCCCUCGGUGAGGCCCACGAGCCCCACUCGGCCCGGCUCUGUAAGGCCCGGGAGGCUGAGGCGCUGCCGGGGCUGAGGGAGCAGGCCAUUCUGGUCAGUAAGGCCAUCGAUGUCCUGGUGGCCGAUGCCAACGGCUUCUCGGCAGGCCUCCGACUCUGUCUGGACAACGAGUGUGCUGAUUUCCGGCUGCACGAGGCCCCUGACAACAGCGAGGGCCCCAGGGACGCCAAGCUCAUCCAUGCCAUCCUGGUGCGGCUCAGCAUGCUCCAGCAGGAGCUGAACGCCUUCACCCGAAAAGCAGACUCAGUCCUCGGGAGCUCGGGCAAGGAGCAGCCAGAGCCCUUCCCACCACUGCCUGCCUUGGGCUCCCAAGGGGCCUCCAAGGAGGUCAUGCUGGCCAAAGACCUUGGCUCAGACUUCCAGCCACCUGACUUCAGGGACCUGCCAGAUUGGGAGCCCAGAAUCCGAGAGGCCUUCCGCCCUGGUGACUUGGACUCUAAGGCUGACUCUAGUUGGAGCUUCAGGCCUUACCGAGCUGAAGACAAUGAUUCCUAUGCCUCUGAGCAUCCGUGGGAAGGUGACUUUGAUGUCCUGGGAUGGCCUGCCUGCUCCUGUGCAGAAGUUCCUGUGAAGCUGAAGGAUCAGUCCUCUCAGCGAGGUGCCCUGAGCUUCAAAGUAGUCUUGAUCAAGGAGCUGCAGCUGGUACUGGCCGAGGCCCAUGACAGCCUCCGGGGCUUGCAGGAGCAGCUCUCCCAGGAGCGGCAGCUACGGAAGGAGGAGGCUGACAGCUUCAACCAGAAAAUGGUCCAGCUGAAGGAGGACCAGCAGAGGGCACUGCUGAGGCGAGAGUUUGAGCUGCAGAGUCUGAGCCUGCAGCGGAGGCUGGAGCAGAAGUUCUGGAGCCAGGAGAAGAACAUUCUGGUCCAGGAGUCCCAGCAGUUCAAGCACAACUUCCUGCUGCUCUUCAUGAAGCUCAGGUGGUUCCUGAAGCGCUGGCGGCAGGGCAAGGUUUUGCCCAACGAGGGGGAUGACUUCCUGGAGGUAAACAGCAUGAAGGAGCUGUACCUGCUGAUGGAGGAAGAGGAGCUGAACGCCCAGCACUCGGACAACAAGGCUUGCACAGGAGACAGCUGGACUCAAAACACACCCAAUGAGUACGUUAAGACGCUGGCCGACAUGAAGGUGACGCUGAAGGAGCUGUGCCGGCUGCUGCGGGAGGAGCACCGGGGACUGACCGAGCUGCAGCAACAGUUUGCGAAGGCCAAGGCCACGUGGGAGACGGAGCGGGCGGAGCUCAAGAGCCAUACCACCCAGAUGGAGCUGAAGGCCGGGAAGGGGGCUGGAGAGCGGACAGGGCCUGACUGGAAGGCGGCCCUGCAGAGGGAGCGCGAGGAGCAGCAGCACCUCCUGGCUGAGUCCUACAGCGCAGUCAUGGAGCUGACACGGCAGCUGCAGAUCAGUGAGCGCAACUGGAGCCAGGAAAAGCUGCAGCUGGUGGAGCGGCUGCAGGGGGAGAAGCAGCAAGCAGAGCAGCAGGUGAAGGAGCUGCAGAACCGCCUAAGCCAGCUGCAGAAGGCUGCUGACCCCUGGGUCCUGAAGCACUCAGACCUGGAGAAGCAGGACAACAGCUGGAAAGAGACGAGAACCGAGAAGAUCCAUGACAAGGAGGCUGCUUCUGAAGCUGAGCUUGGGGGAACCGGCUUAAAGAGGACCAAAUCUGUCUCCUCCAUGUCUGAGUUUGAAAGUUUGCUCGACUGCUCCCCCUACCUUGCUGGCGGAGAUGCCCGAGGCAAGAAGCUUCCGAGCAGCCCUGCCUUUACCUUUGUGAAUCCCGAGCCCGUGGAUCCAGAGAAAGAAGCCAAGGAAAAGCCUGGGCUCUCCUCACGGGACUGCAACCGCUUGGGCACUCUGGCCUGUCAGGACCCUGCCGGGAGGCAGAUGCAGCGCAGCUACACGGCCCCAGACAAGACAGGCAUCCGGGUCUACUACAGCCCUCCAGUGGCCCGGCGCCUGGGUGUGCCUGUGGUCCAUGACAAGGAGGGCAAGAUCCUCAUUGAGCCUGGCUUCCUCUUCACCACAGCCAAGCCCAAAGAGUCAGCCGAGGCUGAUGGGCUGGCUGACAGCUCCUAUGGCCACUGGCUGUGCAACUUCUCCCGGCAGCGCCUGGAUGGGGGUUCCGGGGGCAGCGCCACGGCGCCUGGAUCUGCCUUCCCCGCUGCCCUGCAUGACUUUGAAAUGUCGGGCAACAUGAGUGACGACAUGAAGGAGAUCACCAACUGUGUGCGGCAGGCCAUGCGCUCUGGCUCCCUGGAGAGGAAAGUGAAAAAGAGCACGUCCAGCCAGACAGUGGGCCUGGCCAGCGUGGGCACGCAGACCAUCCGCACGGUCAGCGUGGGCCUGCAGACUGACCCACCACGCAGCAGCCUCCAUGGCAAGAGCUGGUCCCCCCGCAGUUCCUCACUGGUGUCUGUGCGCAGCAAGCAGAUCUCCUCCUCCCUGGACAAGGUCCACUCACGCAUCGAGCGGCCGUGCUGCUCACCUAAGUAUGGCUCACCUAAGCUCCAAAGGCGGUCUGUGUCCAAGCUGGACAGCACCAAGGACCGCAGCCUGUGGAACCUGCACCAGGGCAAACAGAACGGCUCAGCCUGGGCCCGCUCCACCACUACUCGGGACAGUCCCGUGCUGCGGAACAUCAACGACGGGCUGUCCAGCCUCUUCAGCGUGGUGGAGCACUCAGGGAGCACAGAGUCUGUCUGGAAACUGGGCAUGUCCGAGGCCCGCACCAAGCCUGAGCCUCCCAAAUACGGCCUCGUGCAGGAGUUCUUCCGUAAUGUGUGUGGCCGGGCACCAAGCCCCACCUCGGCAGCAGGGGAGGAGAACUCCAAGAAGCCAGAACCCUUCUCCCCAGCCAGCUACCAUCAGCCGGAGGGCGUGGCCAGGAUCCUGAACAAGAAAGCAGCCAAGGCAGGCAGUGUCGAGGAGGCCAAGGCCACCAUGCUCCUUCAGGUGGGGAAGGACGGUGUCCCACGGGAUGGAGACGGAGCCUCAGUCCUUCCCAACGAGGAUGCUGUCUGUGACUGCAGCACACAGUCUCUUGCCUCCUGCUUCUCCCGGACGUCCCGCUCUGCCAUCCGCCACUCUCCUUCCAAGUGCAGGCUGCACCCUUCCGAGUCUGGCUGGGGAGGGGAGGAGAGGGCAGCCCCCCCUAGCGAGUGACAGAAUACCUGAGCCCCCACCUCAGCCCGCCCAGUCCCCGGAUGGCAGGAGGGGACAGCGGAGAGGAGGUGAGGGGCCUUGCCCUCAGCAGCACGGCUCCCUGGAGGGACAGCAGCUGUGCCACUGCCAGCGAAGAGCUUUCAUAUCAAGGUAAAGCAGGGUCUCACAGAAUCGUGCUGACCACUGGGUGGUGGUCUCUGACUUCCCAGGGGAAGACAGUGAGCGGGAGAAAGACCUCAACUGGGCCUUGGAAGCUUCUACAAAGAGUUCAUGAGGACUGACCCCCGGGUCCUAAAGGAGACCUUUGUCUGCUUCCACCCUCACCCACCUCUUGGAAGAGCCCAGGAAGGAAUACACUUCCAGCCAUGCCUGGGGGGAAGGGGCUCACAGAGAUGUCCCCUCCUGACUGCACCCCUUCCCUGGAAAGAUGUCACAGAGAAGAACAGGCUUUGCUCUUGGACCCAACGUGGUGUUCUUGGCAGAGCAGGGCUGGGCAUCACCACCGUAGCCUCCACCACCUCCUUUUCCCAUCCCUGCUGCCCCAGGUUGCUGGACUUUAGUGGGUAUGAGAGGGCAGUAGUCAGGGCCAAGUAUCUACUUGGAAUCCUGGAGCCCUGGAUCCCCCUGCCUGUACCUGGAGGCAGCCCAAACUGGGAGACAAGAUGGGAAUGUGCAGGGAAUUGCCUCUCUUGCCAAGGUGACCCGGGGGAACCUAACCUUCCCAGGAGACUUGGUGAAGCCAGACAUAGGUAGAAUCAAUCUGAAGCCCUGGUGCAUAGAUAAAACCCUACCAGCCCAUUGCCUUGCUCUCUGGGGCCUCUUUCCCUGGUGUCCUGAAGGGGCACCGCGUCUCCACUGUGUUUACAUCCUGCAGCUGGUGGAGGGCGGAGACACUCCCAGUACAAGACUCGCAGUUGGUCAGGUCAGGCCAUGAGCUCCGAGAAGUCAGUGUCCCCGGACACAGUAGCAGACUGGGGCACGGAAACACAUGUUUUGCCUAGAUUGUUUAUUUGAAUUUUUCGUACUAUAAAUAUUUAAGGUGGUUUACUUUAUUUUAAUAAUUUAAUUUACCCGAAAGCCCCUAAGGUAAUUUAUUGGAGGUGAGACAUGUAUUCUUGCCACUAGGAUAGUGUGGGGCUUCUAACUUGAUGGACAGGCAUGGGGUCUCCCUAUGUGAAUGAAGCAGCUCAGCCACCAAGCUCUGGUCUCCUGGCCAGUUGGGGGGCCCCUCCCCUGAGCUGGGGCCUGCAGCUUGUUCUUCUACCCCACUGACCAUUCAGCCUCAGCAUACUCCUUUCACUCAGUACCUGGUACUUGCCUGGCCCCGGAGGCCCAUGUGUAAAUGUGCUUGACAGGGUGGCCGGCCGGACUGACAUCUGCACUCCCCAAGCAUCCUCCAUUUCCCUUCUCAUUUUCUUCCCUCCUCCGACACCUUCCUCAGUGUGUCAAACACAGAUCACCACGGCUCCAUCAAGAGCACGGAGAUCCCUCCAAGUUCCCCAAGUGAGAACGUGCAGGAAAACAGGAUGAACUUCAAGAAUGUUGUUUAUUGCAGCUUUGCACACAGAUGUGAGAGUGUCUACCAGCCCGCCAGCCUUUUCACCAGCCUGUCUCCUUAGCCUUAUGGCCUCUCACGGCUCUUCUCCCAGCCCCAGCUCCACUGCCUGCCCGUUCCCACACCCGUGGGAGCCACCGAUGCUGUCCGAUGGAUUGAAGUGUAGCUCAUUGCAGUACAGGGAGGAAGCCCUCACGUGCCCUCCCCCUUGGUGCCGAUGAACCCAUUUUGCUUGCACACAUGUCCACCUCCCCUCUGCCAACACACAGAUGUGCAGUCCUCCCGGGAUGGAUAGGCUUGUCUGCAGAAUUCCCCACCAGAAAGGCUGCGAGCUAGCAGCAUCGUAGUUUGUCCCCAGGAUACAGAAGAUGGCUUGCACUGCCACCUCCCAGUUCCCGUGCACCCUUUCUGAGGCAGCUGGACCAGCGUCCUUUGCCCUCACUCCCUCUGGCAGCACAUCAGGGUCAUGUCAGUCCUGCCAGCUGCUCCCUCAUACUCUAGUGACUUGUGUGGGCAGAGCAGUGGAGCCGUGGGCCAGUACCCCUCUACGUACGAUACUGCCACUGCCACCCAAGAGGUCAGGGGGCCCCUCUACAUCUGUCUCCAGGUGAGGGGAUUCACACCGGGCCACAAACCACAAGAGGCCUUCUGCCACCUCCCGGAGCUGCAGAAGGCCAGGGGGGCUGCACUCUCAGCCUCGGGGAGAAGUCCCCAUGAGACCAAACCCCAAGGCCUCUGGGCCACUCAGCCUUACCACCGUCCUCAUCUGAGAUUGUCAUGCUGUCUUCGUUGUCACAGCAUCUGGUCCCAGUGGGUGUUGGAGGGGCCGAGUCUUGGUUUUCGGUGAAGUACCAGUUUCUCCUCCUUGCAUGCCACUGUGCCAGGCCACUUGUCACUGUUCCUGUAGAAGGCCCUGCGCGUGGGGCUUGAGGGGGGUUGGAAAUGUUAUGUGUAAAUAUUGGUUUGGUUUAAUUUUUUAGCAUUUUACUUGGUAACUGGUUGUGUUUUCUUUCUGGGGGUGGGAGGGUUGGUUUGUAAAAACUCUCUACUCUUUUGGAA